AUGUCUUCAGUUAAAAUUGACUUGAAUGUUGAUUUAAGAGAUUCUAGCAUAUGUAAUGAAGGAAAAUCUUAUAUGCUAGAUCUAAAUGUUGAUGCUUCAGAGCAACUUUUAGAAGAUGAAGUGCAAGUGGAGGAAUUACUUUUAGAAGAUGAGCAGCAACAUGAAAGUAAUGAUCUAGAAGGUGACAUACAAGUGGAAUUAGGAUUACAAGAAUCAAUUGAGCCAAGCUCAAAUUCUGGAGAAGAUAUUGAUGAUAAUGGUUCUAACACUCAAGUACCACAAGCACAAAGUAGUGGGAUGUUACGGAGAAAACGUUUGACUAAUGAUCAACGAAGAGUUGUGUAUGAUAUGCUAUUGAAGAAGAGUGUUAACGGAAAAUUAACUAAAAAUGCAACAAAAGAUGUGGCAUCACAAUUGUCAAUUCCUAUAUACGUUGUUCAACGUAUUUGGAAACGAGCAAAAGAUUGUGGUGAUGUAUCUCAUAAGUUGUCAAAUGCUGAACGGAAAAGAAUUCAGAUUGAUUUUGCUCAAAUUCGUAAUAUUCCUUUGCGUCAACGAACUACUCUUGCAUCUUUAUCUCAUGCUUUGAAGGUGAGCAAGACUACAUUGUAUAGGAAUUUUAAGGAAGGAGCUAUACGAAAGCACUCAAAUCCUGUUAAGCCUUCGCUAAAAGAAGAAAAUAAAAGUGCAAGGUUAAAGUUUUGCAUAUCAAUGCUUGAUAAUACCACCAUUCCACAUGAUCCAACUUUUGUGGGGAUGCAUAAUAUAGUUCACAUUGAUGAGAAGUGGUUUUACAUGAUAAAGAAAACUGAGAAUUACUAUUUGCUGCAAGAUGAAGAGGAUCUGAUUCGUAGUUGCAAAAGCAAAAAUUUUAUCACAAAAAUCAUGUUUUUAGUUGCUCAAGCUCGCCCGAGAUUUGAUGCACAGGGAAAUGAAAUCUUUAGUGGAAAAAUUGGUGUUUUUCCUUUUGUUACAAAAGAGCAUGCUAAAAGGACAAGUGCUAAUCAAGAGACAAUUAGGGUGAGCAUUGCCAGGAAGCUCAAGGUUGAUGCUUUGCUACUCAAGCUGCAGGAAGAAGAACGCCAAGGUGGUGAGCAAAGUGCUACUGCUACAGCUGCUCAGGAUGUGAGCAAUGAAGAGGAGGAAGGAUCUGAUGAGAGUGAAGAAAAGAGUGCAGAAGGAUCAGGAGAGGAGUCUAGUUCUGAAGACUAG